GUGUCCUGAAAAACGUCCAGACUAUCUUCAAAAUUUGCUUUGUUUCAAUGAGCAAUUACGAGAAUUAAUCGACAGUGAAAAAGAAAAGGCCAAAAAUUGUCCUGGUAAAUAUAAUUUUUCCAAAACAAACUUUAAUCUUAGUUCAAUUCUUAGUUUACUAUCAGUUUUGAUUGUUUGCGGACCAAGAAACAGAAAAUUCUACCUCUGAGCUAAUUUUUUUUUUCCAAUUCAUUUUUUAUAAUUUUUGGUGUCUUUCUGUAAAGUUUGCCGUGACCCUCUGUUCCUUGAUUAAAGUCUCCACCAUAAUAUUUCUAAAUAAGUUAUCACCUUUAUUAAAUCAUAAUAUUAUAUCAAAUUGUUUAUUUAUCCAAAUAUUUCGGGGUCAUUUCCAUAACUUGAAAGCUUGGUAUCUUUUAUUUACAUCACUGGUGUCCAGCCUUUAUGGACCACUUGCAAACUAUGUUUUUCAACUGUGGCGCACAACCAUUUUUGUAACAAAAAAUUGCACUAACCUCUAUGGAAUAUAGAUUUAUCUUUUACUUGAUGGCUAAAUCACAUGCUUUGUGGUUAACAGAAGUAAAAAGAUUAGUCAUAUCAUUGUGAUCAUAGAUACUUUUUAAUAUUUGCAGAUAAUUACUGUGGAUGUGUUAAUUUUUGCAUAUUUUUAUAGCUGGUUGCUAUAUGCUAAUUCUUUUUCAUUUUUCUUUUAUUCUUACAAAAAAGCUUCAUUUGAAUCUCUCAAUCCUGGACUACAUAUCUCAUCAUCGAGCUCAACAGGGUUAACUACUACUCCUCAUUCAGUAACUAGGCAUACAGAACUUGAGAAUAAUGGACCAGUUCCAAAUGUUAAAAAGGAGCUCAAGGAAGAAGUUAGAGAUGUCAAAUUUGAAUUUUCUGAAUCAGAAAUCAAAUCUGAAAAAUCUGAUUCCCCAUAUUCCUCCCCAUCUAGUCUGAAAAGAAAGCUACCUGACAAAAGCUCAGGCACUCUGAAACUUGUUUUUAAAAGACGAACAACAGAUAAUUUUAUUGUGAAAAAUUCUUUGGGGAACCAGAAUGAGCUACCCCAGGAUCUAAAACCUGUUGUGAAUUUAGAAAAAAGUGAUAGUGAAUAUGAAUUUGAUUCUCAGUCAGCAGUUACUAGUAAUCAGCCUGUUAUAGUUCGACGUAGAGCUUCAUCAGUUUCUGUCACCUCAAGACAAACUUCUUUUGAAGCAGGCAGUGAGUGUAGCUCUUCAAAUUCACAGACAGCUAAAGCUCAAGAUCAUUCUUCUUAUGAAGAUUAUGAUGAUCAAGAAAGGAGCUGUGAUGAGGAAGAUGAUGAUGAGGGAGAAGAGGAAGAUGAAGAUGAAAGGGAUGAAGAUGUAGAACAAAGUGGUAGUGAAGAUGAAUUCGAGGAUGGUGAUGAAGAGAAAGUGCGCUCUAAAAGCAGGUACCAUGUUUCUUUUGGUACUGAAGUGUCAAAGUUGGAACAUGAAAUACAUACGAAUUCUGAUGCCUUUAUGGUAACAGAAGAGCCCGGAGAGCCAGUGACUAUUAACCAAUUUAAACAUGAUACCACCAGUCUCAAUAGACGUAAUGUAUUUGAAUAUUUAGAAAUAGCUGCCACCGGUGAAAAUAUAAAAAAUGUGAGAAAGACACCAAGGCAAUUAUCUCGCAAUUUAUCUGUCAUCUCUGAUGAUGUUUUCAGUUCCAAUCUAUCACUUCCAACUGCAGACUCUGGUCUUGCUAAUGAUCUCAGUGAUAGUGAUGACAACUUUAAUAAUAGGGAAAGCAAGGGAGUUGGUCAUUCCCAGUUUUCAUUCAAUCCAAAUCCUAGUAAUGCUCCGGUUACAUUCCACCGGUCUUCCCGAAUUUCACCAUCUCAGAGAAAACAGUUAUUGCCAGGAAGUCCUGUUUCAAACAUUGAGAAAGAAGCAGCUCACCGUGGGUUGCCAACAACUUCAAUAUUUACCACACCGAACAAAAGCCUAUUGCAAACUGAUGCCAUGUUCAAUUCAUCAGAUGAAGAGGAUGAUGGAGUUGGAUCCAGACUCGUUUCAUCAUUUGAAAUUGACAAAGAUCCACAAAGCAGUAUGAUUAAUGACUCGGUCAGAUCAGCCAUUGACAGCGUACUUAAUGAUGACGAUAAUGAAGACUCGCAAACCAGCUGGUCUUCAUCAGCCCAUCGACCACCUUCAUCAACAUCAUCUUCUAUUCACCACAAUAUGUUUCAUUCUUCAUCACCAGCCAUCCCACCAAGCCAUGAUGCAGAUUUAGAUGCAGCUGUGCAAAGCAUAUUAAACAACUAAUAUUCUUAAUUUCUGCUUUAUUCAAAUAUGUGUUGAAAUGGGAAUGUUGUUGAUUUAUUUAGUGGAGAGCUAAAGUCCAAUCUAAAGAAAAGCUCUCUUAUGCAAACAACAGUUAAAAUAACUUACAGAACCCAGUCAAUUGCUCCAGAUUAUUUAUUUGGUACUGUUUAAGUACAGGGUUUGUUAAAAUAUUUAUAGUCUCUAUUUUUUAAAAUCUUGAUAGUCCUACAUUCAGUCUCAUUGCUAAACUUAAUGAAGAGUAAAUAAAAAAAUUUAGUACACAAAUCAUAAAUUUAGUGAAUCUUUUAUCAAUAAUGACUGAGUUAUAUUCUAAAAAUUGACUGCU